GAUUCACGAGUUCCAGCCCGCGCGAAGAGGGAAGCCGCAGACCCCUCCCCCCUCGCCUUUAAAGUUGGAAACCGAACACACAGCGCUGCGUCAGCGGAGGAGAGUUAGAGAAGUAAAGAACAAGUUAUUUUGGGCAAGCAAGAAACCUGCAACUGCAACCGCAUAUCCAUCCGCAUCCUUGGAAUCAAUAUUGUAGUGUUCGGUUUCCCUAUUUAAUGCUCUUACAUGCUUUGUCUUUCUUUUUCCCAUUACUCCAUUACUCCAUUGCCCAAACCAAAGAGAAAGACCAGAAGCUGGAACCCAGUCUAACGAUCAAGAACGAAUGAAAUACCAAUAACGAGAAGGUUGUCUUAUCUUUAUCUGUUUCUUUUUCUCUGAAUCGAUUUCUUCGUCUCGGGUUUCAUAUCAUUUUUACAAGAUUCGAGAGUUGGAGCUGAGAUUUUUCAAUUUCUCUGUCGAUUUCUUGGAGCACAAGUCGGGAAGGAUUAAAAAAAACCUGAUUGGAUGCGAUUAAGUGAAGAGGGUUCUUGUGGCUGGAGCUGCAUGUAUUAGUUGAAAUUGUUGUUGGGAUUUGUAAUUAGAUUCUGUUUUCAUCGAACGCUUUAAUUGCUGACCUUUGAAGCCGAUUUGGGGAUUCAAUAAGUUGGAAUUUUGGAAUGGGAGAGGCUAGUGGUUGAAAAUUAAAGUUUUGCUCGUGUGCUUCUUUCCUCUAUUUUUGUUUUCGGGGAGUGGGAAGGGUGUGUAAAUAAAAGGUUCCUUCAAUUUUUCAUCGGCCAAGUUACGAAUGGCCGGUAAUGCGGCUUGUAAGCGGGCUGUGCUGUUGGGAUCGAAGUCAGGGAUUUGUUUCUCCAAUUUCAGAAAAGGAUUCAAAGCUUCAAGUAGUCUGGACCCGGUCUGCCUCGAAGCCACCUCCCUUGGCUUAUCUGCUUUGUCAUCUUCGAGUUCUCUGUUCAACAGAUUUUAUUGUAGGCAGAUAUCGCAGCUUGUUAAAUCCAACGGUUCCCGGGCAUUUCUUGUGGAUACGCUUGCGCUGGUUAGGAGAUUGGAAGCACAAGGUGUGCCCUCAAAACAAGCUGAGGCAAUAACAGCUGCUAUUACUGAAGUUUUGAAUGAUAGUUUAGAAAAUGUUGCUCAGUCCUUUGUCUCCAAAGGAGAGAUGGAGAAAACGGUUAUGCUUCAAGAAUCAAAUUUGGGAAAAUUUAAAUCUCAAGUACAAAGUUCUCAGGAGCAUCAUUUCUCUUUAUUGCAACGCGAGACUGAAAAACUCCGGAAUGAUAUAGAGAAGAUGCGCAGUGAACUGAGGUAUGAGAUUGAUAAGGUAACUGCUGGGCAACGUUUGGAUUUGAAUCUUGAAAGAGGGCGUAUACGAGAUGAACUGGCCAAUCAAAAUGCAGAAACGUCAAAUCUAACUAACAAGCUUGAUAGGGAAAUUCAUGCAUUGAAGGCCCAACUUGAAGCUGCAAAAUAUGAUGUCAUAAAGUACUGUAUCGGUACUCUUGUCUCCAUCUCUGCUGUUGGACUUGCUGUUAUUCGCAUUCUGAUGUGAAGAUAUUGUUAGGCAAUUAAAGAUGACUCUAGAGAAAGAAAUUCUAGUAUGUUCAUUUUUUUGCCCUCCGAUGAAAUUGUAUGCUGAAAAAUUUUUUAAAUUCAGUUGCAGCUUCAGUUGGAACUUGUGGCCGAAGAGAACAUUUCAUAAAUGUAUCCAGACUGAAUAUUUAUUUUUCUGUUUUCCUCGGGUA